AACGACCUGCUGGCAAGCAUACUGUGAGCGAGACAAUGAGAAUCGAGAACGAACAUUACUGUGAGUAUCAGCGUGAACGAGACAUGUUAUCUGCGCAACGCAGGAUGGCACACCAGUUGUCUUGCCGUAUUCUGUGCACCGAAAAAGGACAAGUUGUGCUUGGUGUCGUGGCAAGACGAGUCGGUUUAUGUUACAGUGGCUUGAUGUUACAGAGAGCGCGCAGAACGGCUGACGACAGCUGGGACGGAUUGAUCGUAUCAAGAAAGGC